AUGACCCUUAGCUCGGAGAUGUCCGAGGCGUCGACUCUGGCUGAGGAGACCGACAUCGAUGUGGUGGGCGAGGAAGACGACGAGGAGGACGACGAGGAGCCACGGACCCGCCGCCGCCGCCGCUCCUACGCCGAGGACGAGGAGGAGGACGAGGACGACGACGAGGAAGAGGACGAGGAGGAUGUGGGCGACCUCCACACCGCCGCCCUGCUGCCGCGGUCUCCCGUGCGCGGUGGAGGCGUAGGUGGCGGCGGCGGCGGGGCGGGCGGUGGGGAUGCUGCCGGUGGCUCUCGGCCCCCCUCGCGGGGUGGCCCGCAGAAGGCGACGGCGGGCGGCGGCGGGGCGGGCGGCGGCGGCAGCGGCGGCGGGGCGGGCAGCGGCGGCGGCAAGAACAGCCUGGUGAAGCCACCCUACUCCUACAUUGCUCUCAUCACCAUGGCCAUCCUGCAGAGCCCCAAGAAGCGGCUGACGCUGAGCGAGAUCUGCGAGUUCAUCAGCGGGCGCUUUCCCUACUACCGGGAGAAGUUCCCUGCGUGGCAGAACAGUAUCCGCCACAACCUCUCCCUCAAUGACUGCUUCGUCAAGAUCCCCCGGGAGCCCGGCAAUCCUGGCAAGGGCAACUACUGGACGCUUGACCCCGAAUCCGCCGACAUGUUCGACAACGGGAGCUUCCUGCGCCGCCGAAAGCGCUUCAAGCGGCAGCAGCUCCCGGCGCCCGAGCUUCUGCUCCGCGCCGUGGACCCCGCCGCCUUCCUCCCGCAGCCUCCGCCGCAGCCUCCGCAGCAGCCGCCCUGCGCCUACGGACCCUACGGCUGCGGCUACGGUCUCCAGCUCCAGCCUUACCACCCCCACUCCGCCCUCUUCGCCUUCCACCACCACUCUCCGCCGCCCCGCCAGCCCCCUGCCGCCCCCGGCAGCGCUCCCGGUGCGGCUCUGCCCCCCGCCGCCGCCGCGCCGCCGGGCCCCUUGCUGCCGGCGGCGGAGCUGGCACGGACGCCCUUCGGCUACGCGCACCCGCUGGGCCCGGCGCUGGCGGCCUCGCUGCACUCCGCCAAGCCCGGCAGCGGCGCGGCGCUGGCCCGCUCGCCCUUCUCCAUCGAGAGCAUCAUCGGGGGAAGCCCCGGCCCCGGCGCGGGCAGCAGCUGCGCCUCGCAGUCGACCGCGGCGCCGGGGCUGGCCCGCUCGCUGGGGAGCGCCGGGAGCGGCCUGCCCCCUGCCGCCGCCCUGCCCGCCACCCCCGGCUUCGCGGCACGGAUCUCUAACUGUUAAGUGUUUGGGAGUCUUUCCGAAGGUAGGAUCUGGGGUAUCUCCUUUUCCGCCGCUCGGACGCCCGGCGGACGCUGCCCGCAGGGGCUGCCUGUUUUUGCGUGGGGAUAAUUGUGACGGGACUCGGGAGCCGUCCGCCGCGAGCGACGGACCUCCCGUGACCUUCACUAG